AUGAAGUUAUCCGCGACAGUUGCCAUUGAUCUCAGGCGGCCGGGUUGGAAGAAACUCAGCCCGUCGCCUCGGCACCUUGUCCACAAACAUGCAAAGCGGAUCUUCCGCCAGGGGAGCCAAGCCGUGACUGCCCGGGAUACGGAAUCAUCCCAAACCGAGAGCAGUGCCGAGAGCGGCUCAGUGCCGGCACAACUCCAACCGGGCCAGGAGCAGCUGUACUCCUCGUAUGUCCCCGGGCUCGAGGCCGGCAUGCACCGGAUCGACGUCCAACAAGACGUGACAGCCGGUAGCGAGACCAAGUCCUUCAAAACAUCCCACCAGUUCAAUGUCAUCGCCCCUCGCUUUUCCCUGCCAGACAAAGCAAUUGACUCCAUCUACCCCCCUCAAGGCCAUGCCGACCUGCUCCAAGUUCUCCCGCACAUGGUCUUCCACGACCCAACCCUUCCCUGGGAGCGCAUCGCCAGCUGGAAAGACGAGCACAACCGACCGCCGGACUUUGCCUCCAACCGCGUUCCAUGGCUGGCCGUGCUGCUGUUCACCCGGGAGGAGCUCCGGUUGGAUCCGGCGGUGCUGUCAAGCAUGUUUGCCGACACCAGUCUCGGCACGACAGCAACCCAGAGCCCCACACUGACGGUAACCCUACCAGUCGCCGAGGUGGUCAAGGUCAAGGACACGGCCUCGUCGGUGGUUUGGGAUGAGAACUCGGACGGCACCAACUCCAAGGCUGACCUGAUUCUCCUUCGCUCCGCGCUCUUCAACGGCUUAUUCACCGAGUGGCAGUCGGACGGCACGGGCAGCAAGACGCAGACCAACUGUUACGUGCAGCCGUACCGCUAUCUCGCUCAUCUUCGCCACGUCCACCUUGACGGGACUGCUGCGGCGGCGCAGACCGACGACGACGAUCAUGCAUACUCGGUCGUUGUCAGCCACCGGACAGGACCCCUGGACAUCACCCAGCCGACGCCAGUCGUGGCGCAUCUCGUCAACAUCGAGGGUGUCGAGGCCAUGCCCUGGCCUGUGGCAGAGAAGUCGUUUGUUGCUAUGACCUCGCUCUACUCCUGGGAGUACACCUGUCUGCCGCCUGGCUCGUUCAACGUGGCCGAUGCCUUUCGAGAUCUGGGUGACACGCUGGGCCGCCUUCGGCCGGGACUUACCCCGACGGACAAGGAGCAGCUGCAAAAGGCGGGAGGCGUGGGGACUCGAGUAGCGCAGCGAAUCGAUGAUGGCUUUUCUCUGGCCCGCUACAGACUGCAAACUGGCGAGGUCUCGUCAGCCUUCUUCCGCGGCCCGUUGACGCCUAACACCGUGUCUUUCCCGGACACGGAGAAACCGGCCUGGCCGGCUACGUCCACGACGGGCACAAAGCUGCAGAUUCUUGAUGAUCAGCUCAACAUUGUAGACAUUACCUACUCAGCGGCAUGGGCGCUUGGCCGCACGCUGGCACUGGCGGACCAGGCUUUCUCCGCCGCGCUGUCGCGGGUUCGGAAGCAGAUCUUUGACGAGGCCAGUAACCUUGCUCAACUGGACGCGAUCAAAACCUGGGCGGCCGACCUGGGCAUCCCCGCACCGCACCGCACUCGCGAGGAGGUGGUGAGCACCAUCGCCGACACGGUCCGGCGGGUCGGUGAACUGCCCUCAAGCAGACAUCUCCCGCAGCAUCCUCGCGGCAUGGUCAACCGCUGGCAUCGGCCGGAGCGCCCUGCGCUGAACCUGAGCUACAAAAACAGCGAGGUUGACCCCAUCAUCGACAAAUAUCUCGCCGCGGCCGCUCGCAAGGUAGCCAGCAGCGUCGGGGACGGUGACGCGCCGUAUAACGAGCACAACGUGCCCUACUCGGCAGACUGGGCGGUUGUGCUGCGGUGGGUCAUGGACAGGUACUUCCUUGCCAACAUGCCCGCGCACUACCUGAUCUCAGAUCCCAGCCAUCUGCCUAGUGAAAGCCUGCGCUUUUUCUACGUCGAUCCCGCCUGGGUCAGUGCCAUGGUUGAUGGCGGGCUGAGUCUGGCGAACCACCUGGACAGUGAUGACGACCGGGUCCGCGACGCAAUCAAGGGGGCAAUCAACACGUACCUGACGACGCCCAUGCCGAGGUUGGGGUAUGUCCCGCCUGUGCCGACGUAUGGCUUCUUUGUGCGCUCGGCGUUGGUGACCAAGUUCCCGGAUUUAAUUGUCGAUUUGAAGCCCAGAAGUGAGAAGCCGGCCGGCGACUCGGACAGGCCGCCCGUCAUCCUCCGGCAUGAGGUGAUCGGCCAGGACACGCUCCUCGGCCUGCUCCGUGAGUACCCUGCCGCCCCGGAUUUUACCUCCCUGCUGCUGCGCCAGCCCCCGCACCAACAGUAUUUCUCAGCGGCCGAGGACCUCGGCACCACAGGCAUUAUUAUGCAGUACCAGCGGGUGUACACGGACGACAAGGCCGACGACCCGAACAAGGACCGUGGGAUUCCGUAUAAUCUUACACGCGACGGCGUCGCCGUGGGUCGGGGGGUCAACUUCAUCUGGGGCACCGAUGACAAACCCACAACCAACGACCUGCGUCUUGUCAACGUGGAGAACAUGGCCCAGGACGUGCACACGCAGCUCAUCAACCUCUUCACCUCCCUCGGCCAUCCCAAGUGGUACAAGGAGGUCUACCCGACUUCGGCGCUGAUGGGUAUCCAGCUGAACGAGCCCAGCUGGCAGCUCGAAGUGACCCUGCCCGGGGUGGACAAGCUGAGCAAGGCGGCGGCCUUGCUGGACGGUGCAAUGCGCACACUGCCCAUCAACCCGCGCCGCCAACCCUCCGAGUCAUGCCGGAAGAGAGCCUCUUCUUCAACUCCCAUCGCACCCCACCCACCGCCAGUAACAGGCCCCUCUCAACCCCCUGUAAUCACCUACAAACUCUACCCCAUCACCGCCGCCGCCCUCGGACAAUCCCAAGUCCCCGUCCUCCCCACCCCACAAGACCUAGUCUUCUCUCUGGUACUUGAGAAGGGCACGGGCCAGAGCUUUGACCUGGAAUACAUCCAACUCAGUGUCCCGCUGCAGGGGCCACGGCCACUGAUGGAUAACUACGCCGGCGCGGGGGCGGUGAUGUUGUCGAACCUGAGAUUUAACGUCAUCGCGCAAUUUGCGGUGGACGGGUCGGCGUUGUUAUUGACGCUACGGCCGAGGAGUACGAAAGGGUAUUUGGCGGCGGUUAAAAUUGAGGAGAUGAGCUUUUUGUUGAGUGGUGUUGUCGUGCAUGGGUAUGGUAAAGGGAUCCUGCCGGUGAGUGUGGACGUUGGGGUGGUGGAGAAGUAUAGGGAUCGGGAAGCGUGGGGUGGUCAUGGCUAUGUGAGGUUGGUGUCAUCUCCGUAGUGCAAGUUUGGGUCGUUCCAUCGAGAUCUGAGCCUGCUUCCAUUACACGCAGGAGUCAUGUCGGGUUGUUCUCAAAAAGUCGUGGAUUGUCAUUGCAACGCGUUGCAGAUUUCCAGCGAGAGGAAGUUGGGAAAUGAUUGACAGGUGCACAGGUGGUGACAGCUGCCGCACCUUGGCAAGCCGGAGUUUUGUUGAGUGGGAAUUGGGAAGGAGGAACCUUGGACUCUGGAGAACCCUGUACGUGGGGCUUUUCCCUCCUUGAGUCCAACAACCCUCCUCCAACCUCCAACCUCAUUCCAUACAGACAAUACAACCACACUUCGGCUGUGCUUUUCAGU